AUGUUAUUAUAUAUUAUUUAUGAUUAUCAGAUAAACUUUUUUGAAGAACCUCAACAUCCAGUAUGGAAAAUAAUAUUAUUAAAACAAUGUUGUGGAUUAAAUUCAAAAUAUUCUAAAUCAAAUAUUCAAGAAUAUCAAUGGUUUAAACAAACAUUUUUUUCCUAUUUUUGUCCAGAUUUACAUUUAAAACAAGAUCAAAUUUUACAAUUCGAACAUACAUUUAAAAUAAAAUAUUCGCCUCAAGGUGUUUGUUUACCAUUAAUUAAUCAUGAAUUAAAAAUUGAAUUAAUUUUAAUUUCACUUGAUCUUGGUUUUGGUGUUCUUCUUAUGUUACUUACAUGGUUAUUUAUUUGGCAAGAUCGAUUAUUAUAUUUAACAUUACUUAAAAAUAAAUUACAAAAACAAAAAAAUCCUUCAAUCAUAAGUAUUAAUAAAUCAUCAAUUACAUCCGUGAUUCAAGAACCUAUAAUAACUGAAAUUCCAAAAAUAUCAACAUUGCUUACAUAUGAAAAAUUAAAUGAACCAAAACAAUUAGUUACAAUGAAAUCUUCUGAAACUAAACGAUUGUACAAAGGAUAUCUGACUGCAUUAGAAGAUGAGAAAUAA